GCGGCGCGUGCUGCCCGCCGCCCUCCCCCGAGCGGCGGCAGCGGCGGCUUCACCCCGCGGGCUGAGGGGAGCCCGGCCCGGCGAGCAGGGAGGAAGGCAGGGCAGGGCAAGGCAAGGCAGGGCAAGGCAGGGCAAGGCAAGGCAAGGCAGGCGUCCUCCUGCUGAGGGAGAAGCCCUGCGCCAUGAGCCCCGAGGAGAAGCCGCCACCCAGCCGCGAUGACCGGCCACCUCAGCCCAGCCGAGGCCGGCGGCGCGGCGGUUUCCUGACGGAGAUCCGCACGCCCAUCCGCACCGAGCCCUUCCAGGAGCGGUACAGCCUCAGCCCCGGCAGGGAGCUCGGCAGGGGAAAAUUUGCAGUGGUGAAGAAGUGUAUCGAGAAAGACACUGAAAGAGAGUUUGCAGCAAAAUUCAUGAGAAAAAGAAGAAAGGGCCAAGACUGUCGGAUGGAAAUAAUCCACGAAAUUGCGGUCCUGGAGCUGGCACAGUGCAACCUUUGGGUCAUUAACUUGCAUGAAGUUUAUGAAACUGCAACAGAGAUGAUUUUAGUUCUGGAAUAUGCUGCUGGAGGUGAAAUCUUUGACCAGUGUGUGGCUGAAAGAGAGGAAGCCUUCAAAGAAAAAGAUGUUAAACGACUUAUGAAGCAGAUCUUAGAAGGAGUUUCGUUCUUGCACAGAAACAAUGUGGUUCAUCUUGACUUAAAGCCCCAAAAUAUUCUACUAACCAGGAAGUCUCCCCUGGGAGACAUUAAGAUAGUAGAUUUUGGCCUUUCCAGAAUAAUGAAGAGCAGUGAGGAACUAAGAGAAAUUAUGGGAACUCCGGAAUAUGUAGCUCCUGAAAUUCUGAGUUAUGACCCAAUCAGUACAGCAACUGACAUGUGGAGCAUUGGAGUACUGGCAUAUGUUAUGUUAACAGGGAUAUCACCUUUCUUAGGGGAUGAUAAACAAGAAACAUUCUUAAAUAUAUCUCAAAUGAAUGUAAGUUACUCUGGAGAAGACUUUGACCUCAUCUCAGAGUCUGCCGUGGAUUUCAUCAAAACUUUGCUGGUUAAGAAACCUGAGGACCGGGCAACUGCUGAAGAAUGCCUUCAACACCCAUGGUUAGAACAAAGCGAUAACCCUGCUUGCAGGGCCUGGAAUAAAAGUACGGGAGGGGAGACCAGUGAUGUGACCCAGAAAGAUGCAGAUUCUGCCUCUGAGAAAUCAGUAGAUGCUGAGAAGACUGAAGAGGAAGAAUCAAUAGUGACAGAAGAAUUAAUUGUAGUGGCUUCGUAUACACUGGGACAAUGUAGGCAGUCAGAAAAAGAAAAAGUAACUGAGCAGAAAGCCAUUUCCAAACGAUUUAAAUUUGAGGAACCAUUACUGCAGGAAAUACCAGGAGAAUUCAUUUACUGAACUGUGUGGAGCUUCAUAGCUGUAACUGGAAGGCGGUGUUUUCUACUAAACAAAAAUAUCCUAGCCAAGUGAAUUUCUGAUAUGCAAUAAAUGUUCUAGAUAAAAGAAAAUGUUGAUAAAUGGCAUCCAAGGAAAAUGUGCCAAAUUUAUAAUUUCAUGGAACAGAUAAACAAGAUUUCAAGUGGCUGACAGGAAUUUAACAAAGAGCUUAUUUUUGUUUGUAACUUUUAUUUCUGUUUUGUUGUUGCCUGAUAGCAGAGUUUUUGUUAAUUGUUCCAGUGUUCUGGAGAAGUUCAUGCUGGAAAUGUUUCAGUGACAGAUGUCAAGAGGAGUAAAUUUUAGGCUAUGUUUUGGCAUUUAAUGCAAAUAUAUAACGUUGGGUUUUCCUCAAACACCUUUUAGCACUCCUGACUUCAGUGGAACUAUCUGCUGAUCUAAAAAUUGUACGAGAGGAGAAUUUGAUGGACUGGUUUGACAUGCAGAUUUCAAAGUUAUACUGUGUGUGUAUACGUUUUUGUUUACAUCAAGUCAAAGACCCCGACUCUGCUGGUGUGUGGCCAAACAGUAAGCUGCGCUCCUCUAGGAGAUGCACGUGUCCCAGGGGUGAAGAGAUCCGUACCGGGGAACAAUUCCAGAUCACAGUGGGGAUACUUCUUGAUUUGGGAGCACAGUAAAAUCCUGCCCUGGAGGGCGAUUAAUUUGCUUGAGUUGGUCGCUCUUGAGAGCCGGCAGCAAUGGCUCCCUCCCCCUGGGCGAGGUGUGCUAAUGGAAUCCAGCUCAGCGUGACUGCACGGCCUUUGGAAAAAAGAGUGACAGAGGGUCUGAUGUUACUGGAGUUCUCUCCACUGACGUCGUGUUAGAUCAGUUUGUCCAACUAAUGGUAAAUCAGCCCUUGAUUCCACCUCCCCCAGAACCUGGCGGGGGGUUUCACUGGGAGCAUGAGGUCAUUUCUGCCUUCUUUCUCUUCCUCUAACCGUUGCUUUAAGGAAGAAAGAAGCACCCUUAGGCUCGAUUGCAUAACCUUGUUCAAUAUAGCUGUCAGAUGAGGAAGAUGAUACCUCUUCCUCUGAAACAAUGAAGCACAACUCGUACCUCGUGCUUCCCGAUCGCUCUCCCUUAGACGCUCGGAAAAACGGCCCGUGUGUGAUGGGGCAGGGUGGGAUUAGGGAGCUGCACGGGUGGGGCGGAGCUCUGAAUGGACACGGUCCCUCGGGGGACAAAGCUGGGACCAACUGGGUGCCAAAACUGACUGGUUUUUGCAAUGUACAGGUCUGAGGAUCUCAGACUGAGUCCUGGUUUUCUAAGAAGUCUUUCAUAUUGAUGCUGUUCCAAAGUUUAAUUUUUAUGUAAUUGAAGUUUAGUACUAUUAUAUUGCAUACUGUUAACUAUUCAACUAUUUAUUUGGUUCCCUUAUGCUGUUCCUCUAUAAUAAACCCUGACGAAAGUUUUCUUGCUAUAAAACAACGAAUAGAAACUCUUAAGGUAGUUUUUCCUUUUUUCCAUGUUGCUACAGACUUUCCUAAUUUCAGAUGUCCUAAGAAUGCUCUUACUCUUUUUAGUGAGCAGGAGUUCAGUGCGCUGGGCUAAUAUUACAGUUCUUCCUUCGCACAAAAGGUGAAUGGCUUAUUAACGACAGGGGCAGUUCUGGGCUGAUCUGAUUAGCAUUGCUGUAAGGGGGCACUGGGAAAAGAGCAGAACUGAAAGCAGCGUGCCGCUGCGUUGGGGCACUGAGCGUUUUUCCAAAAGGCUUCACUGCCCCUGGUCUGGGCGCCUUCGCUUGGAGCCGCAUCAGAAAAAUCGCCCCUAAAUUCAGCCACUCAUUGGGCCUCUUCCCCUAUGGAAUUGCAUAUCGAAGAUUCACGUAGGUAGGGCAGCUUCUCACUCCUUGAAGACCUUUAUAUAAGAAAACAUCUACUAGUACUUGUAACUUGAGUUUGGAUGUGGUUUAUGUAGUAUUGCAGCGGUGCCUUUCACGUGCUGGAGAACUGAGUCAUUUGCUGGUUUUUAAGUUACAAUACUCUUUUGACAUUAACUUACAACAGUCUUUUGCGCAAGAUGACAAUUUUUUUUUUUCCCAACUUCCGUCCCUGCCAUUUUGACUUCUUUUUUUUUUUUUUCCACACCUGUACUUCCUUGCUUUCACAACGUUGAGCAAAGCACUGCAGUAGGAGCACGCUCACGUCCCACCCUUCCAGGGCAGCGCUGCUCCAUCUGCGCACCUAACGGGCGAUAGCCAGCUCGUGGGUGCUCGUGGCGAAGCACUGGGGGGAUGUAAACCUGUUUCACUUCCUAGUUGUAACCACAGGUCAUGUCUCAGACGGGGACUGGUACUUAUGAGAAAGGGUAGAUGCUGAGCAGCGUACGUUUUUGUCCUAUUUUUACUAUUGUAAAUGUAUGAUAAUGAAGCUUAAUGUGUAUAAAUGAACUAUGUACUUAUUAGAAGGCCAGCUUCUCUUGAAUUGGCUGCUUGGAGAUUCCCAGUGGGCCGCGUUUCUGUUUCACUUUCUGUGCCUUACGGUGGUUGCGUACAGUGGGGUUUGUUUUUAACAUCAUUAAGAAUUUGUAUAAAGUUGUGAAAGUUUAAUAGGUUAAGUUACAAACAAGGCAUCUCAGAUUGGCCCUAUAACUGCAAAAAUGUUCUGUAACGUUUCACUGCAGGACUAUCAGCCAGUCCCACACACUUGAAGCUGUUUCUGUUCCGCUGUAAGUGGGGGGCGAGCUGCCAAUGGGGUGUUCUUACCCUGCGCCGCAGAAAGGGGCUGUUGGGGUUAGUGUUACUAGCGGGGUAACGCGUUCAGACUGGGAACAAACCCCUGGCUUGGGAAGAAGAGCUGUUUUUCUGCGGCUCCGGGGCUGGACUGCACGUACAUCCGCAGUUCACCUGAACACAAAAAAAAAAAAAAAAAAUGCUGCUUAUGCCUGAAAGUGUGUGGGGAAGGGGGUGGUUGCGGAGAAGGAACCGGCUCCCGGGCCCCCCGGGGGCACGGCUGCCCGGGGCUGGAACGUGGGGAGCUGGAAGGGAGGGGAAUUAGAAAUUGCUGGAGAAGCGCUGGGUUUGGGGCUCUGACGCAGGAGACGUGACCGAGAGCGAGGGGGGUGGGGAGGGGGGGCGGUCCCGGCCUGCGCGUCUGCUGUUGGAAUAAGCAGCAAACAUCUAGUUGAAAGCAAAGCUUUGUCUCCUCAUGUUCACCUCUUUAAGCAAGAGGCUACAGACCUUGUAGUCAUUAAAAGUGCUAUAAAAUAAUCCCUUUAUGGUCCAAAGCUGAAUUUGCAUGGUGAAUUUGUCUCCUUUCUGACACUUUUCAGUUGAGGAGCCCUAAAUACAAAAGAGGGAAUGCCCGUUUGCAAUCGGCCAACUGGGGCUGCAGAGCUGCCAGGUAGAAAACUGAACUGCCUGCUCUCCUCCGGCGGGGCCGGGGAGCAAGGCGGGCCUUGCGCCAAGUCAUCCCAGGGCCUGAGAGCUCUCUUGAAUAUUCCAGGUGGUGUUUCUGGAAGGCAGUUCAACAUUUUAAAGAAAUAUUGCCAGUUCAUUGUACUUCUCACAAGGUGUUUACUGUUUCAGGAACUUCACAAUAAAGGACAUUUUGUUUUCUGAA